UUGGCCUAUCGGGGAAGAAUGGAGAGAUUGAUCCGGAUCAGGAACCCCUGGGGUCAAGUGGAAUGGACCGGAGCCUGGAGUGACAAUUCCUCCGAAUGGAAUGAUAUUGAUGAGGAUGAGCGUGAAGGGAUGGUGCAGAUGGAAGAUGGGGAAUUCUGGAUGGCAUUCUCCGAGUUCCUGAGACAGUUUUCACGAUUGGAGAUCUGUAACCUGACCCCAGACACUCUGGAGGAUGACAUGAUGAAGCGCUGGAACAUGGCUGUCUUUAAUGGUGCUUGGAGGCGAGGCAGUACUGCAGGUGGCUGCAGGAACCACCCAGCUACGUUCUGGAUUAACCCACAGUUUAAAAUCACGUUGGAGGAGGAGGACGAUGACCCUGAGUAUAAUGAUGUCUCCUGCAGCUUCCUGUGUGCUCUGAUGCAGAAAGAUCGACGCAGAUAUCGCAAGCACGGCCAGGACAUGCACACCAUUGGCUUCGCUGUGUAUGAGGUUCCAGAUGAGUACCGUGGCUGUCAGAACGUGCAUUUGAGGAAGGAUUUCUUCCUGACUCACAGUUCGUGUGCUCGCUCUGAAACCUUCAUUAACCUACGGGAGGUCAGUAACCGCAUCAAAUUACCCCCUGGGGAGUAUGUCAUCGUCCCCUCGACCUACGACCCCAGUAAGGAGGCUGACUUUGUCCUGAGGGUCUUCACUGAGAAGCAAGCCGAUUCAGAGGAGCUGGAUGACCCAAUCAGCGCUGACCUGGAAGACGAGGAUGAAAUCUCUGAGGAUGAUGUUGAUGAGAAUUUUAAAGCCAUGUUCAGUCAGCUCGCCGGGGAGGACUUGGAGAUUAGCGUAUUUGAACUGCGGACAAUUCUCAACCGGGUGCUAUCUAAACAUCGUGAUUUAAAGACAGAUGGAUUCAGUCUGGACUCCUGUCGUGGAAUGGUCAAUCUCUUGGAUAAAGACGGCAGUGGUCGCCUGGGAUUGGUGGAGUUUCAAAUCAUGUGGAACAAGAUCCGCAAAUGGCUGGGUAUUUUCAGACAAUAUGACAUGGACAAGUCAGGCACCAUGAGUUCCUAUGAAAUGAGACUUGCCCUCGAAUCGGCAGGUUUUAAAAUCAACAACCGAAUCCACCAGGUUAUAGUGGGGCGUUAUGCUGAGAAUGAUGCUUUGGAUUUUGAUAACUUCAUUUCCUGCCUUGUCAGACUGGAGGCCAUGUUCAGUGAGUAUCGUCUGGGAGAAUUCACCUCAUCACCCAGGGCUGUCUCCCCCCUCCAGCCCUGCACGUAG